AUGGACAUAUGCUUUCAACUCGCCAAAAUUGGCGCUGAUAUCAACUGUGGUGAUCAACCUCUGCAUGAUUGUGGGACCAACUGCAGGGACUCAGAGAUACGCGCGAAUGUAUACAAAUCUCUGCUUCUGAACUCCCUGUCCUUGAUCUCUAUCUAUGUAUUCGACCUGUUACUGCAGCCCUUGGUACACGAUCAGCAGAAGUGGUUCCAUCGAAACAUAGGCUGGUUCUACCAGCUGUUAUGGCUCUUGCCUGUUGUAGGAAUUUCGUUAUAUCUUAACGGAACGUGGUGCACAAUUAUUGCCAAACGGACAUAUUUGCUGCAGCACGGCGGACGACCGGUAGCUACUCAGCCAACUUCGUACACGGGUAUGCUCAAGGCUGUCGCAACAUCUGCUUACAGGGUAGUCAUGGUCUGCACAUCCGUCAUUGUGUCCUUCGCUCUGCAACGAAUACCUCUCGUCGGUCCUGUAGCCGGGUUCAUCUUUCUCUGCUGGGUUGAUGCGUAA